GAAACAUGUUCAUUUAUCAACCCCAAAAACGCUGAGCUCCGCUCGGAAAAACGAAUUUUCAGAUUGAAAUGAACUCAUUCGAUGUUCAGCUCGAAUCUAUUUACUUUUGUAAGAAACGAAAUAAAUGGAUAUAUUUAUGACCUCGCUCAUUCAAACUAUUUUAAAAAAUAUAUAUUUACGAUUUUUCGUAUACACUGACGAUUCAAUAGUAUUUUGCGGUUUCUAUUUUGUACUCCGUUUUUAUCCAUGGAGUGCAGAAGCGAAUAAAUUACUUUUUUUCAACGCUCACCUCGCUCACCUCUUUACGAAGAAUACGUAUGCGAUGGCAGCGUCACGGCAAAAAUCUCGUUAGAAUGCCAACUCGCGAUAAUUAUCAGUUAUCGACACACGAUGUGACUAUUUCUCGAUACCGCGCGAAGUAAUGUCAGGUAGUAGAGACUUCUUUGGUAUAGAGAUACAUUAAGAAAAAAAACAACAAAACCUCACUUUCACUGAGCGAUGUAUAAAAAAAAAUAAAAACUGUGCAAAACAGGAAAGAACGUGACCAACCGUGUUCGCUUACGCCCUGCUAUAUACCUUAAUCACCUAAAAUUGCGAUGAUAACGCGAUUAGUAUGGAUAACAAAAAUACGAUAAAAUGAUCGCGAUGUUAAAUCGCGACUGGCUUUGUUUAUCCACAUCAUAAUGGCCAGCCGGUUGUGUGAAUGCGUGGACUCUGCAUGACAUUCGUUGAUUGAACAAUAAAACGAGGUUAGAUUGUGGCAAAGUGCAGUAGAGCUGAAAAAACGACAAUGGCUCUUGAAUUUCUGGUCAACAGGCUGCAAGCACUUUUUGUCCUGUUGCUCGGUGCAUUUAGACGUGCGAUGUGUUGUUUGAGACGUCGAAGACGAUCUUCGUGUGAUUCUAUUCCACUUUCCGCCGUGGGAAUUGGACACAAUGUUGUAAAUAAUCGCUCGGAGACCGAGCAGUGGGAUCAAUGGGACGAAAAUCUGGUAGUUGUCGUAGCUGACAAACCUUCAAAUUUGAUACAGACUAAAAUAGAACAAUACAGACAACAAGUGGCCAAACCCCCUGAACCAGAGGAAAAAGAACCCCAACAAAACUUCUUCGAGGACAUGACACCAAAGAUCACUAGGCAGACAAAAAUCCUUGUCAAAGAGAAGAAAACCGAGCAGCCUCAUUGGGAUCCAUCAAAAUUUGCUAUAGCCCCGACGAAAGAAUUGGGUGUCUGGGAGGAUAACACAAAGAGCUGGGAGGAAGAGACGCUAGAAGAAUUUAAAGACCCUUUGGAGGCUCUGAGAGAACAAAAGAAAACAGAGAGAAUGAAAAGGCUGAUGGAACAACAACAAAAAAGAAUCGAAUGUCAUUACAGGCCUCAGCCUUUGGGUGAAAAAAUCGGCUCUUGAUCAGAGGUUUUUCUAUCGGAAUAUAAUUUUUAUCGCACCAGCGACAUUGACACAAAAUCUCGAAGACAAUAUGCUGUUAGCAUUUGGGAAUCUUCCAAAGAUCAGAGUGUUGAAAUUGAUAAAGGAUCUUACUUUAGGGCAUGGAACUCCUCGUAGGAGUAAUUUUUAACGUAGCUCGAGAAAUUACGAUUUUCUUCCCAGGAGCUAUUUUUUUGUUUGUUAAAAUCGUACUUUAAGCACAAGAUUGCGCGCACUAUUCCUGUGAAACACCAUUUAUACACGGAACCUUUUGUUGUAUUUAGUCUUCGUAACAAUCAUUGAUAAUCAAAGUUCCAUCGUCUCAAUUGUGAAAUCUCAGAGACAAACAGUCCUCAAAUCGAACAAUAAUCAAAGAUGUCUUGGUUAAAUUUUCUUCCAGCUCGAAUGAACUUCAAAAAAUAAAUCAAAAGUGUUAAUAUUGUGCUGUUUCAAUCAGACAAUUUUUGCAGCAAUGCAGCUCGAGUUGAAUUUAACAAAUCAUUUAAUUCACUACACGUACCGCUAAACGAAACAAUGCAUUUUGUCCACUUUCAUCAUACUUUGUAUCAUUUCUACAUUUGUACAAUUAUUUGAGUCCUGAAAUUUUUUUUUCUUAAAAAAUUUCAGCAAUAAACAAAAUGAAAUACUUUCAUUUGCUCAAAAAACAGAGAAUUCAAUGCAUCGACAAAGUCAUAUAAUAUAGAUUGAAAAAAUGAUGACAGUUUUUCAUUGUUUUUUGUUUCACCGAAGUUUCACAAGGAAUUAAAAAAAGGGGCGACUAUUAUUUGGAAUGCUAUGUAAAUAGUAUAAGUGAUUGCAAAUACUGAAUGUUAUUCACUUAUGAGAAGCAAUCGGAAAUAAAUUCGAAUAAUUAUUCUUGA